GCUUCACCAGCUGACAGAUACCACAUCACACAACUUACCUCAUUUUCCUCGAUUUCUGCUCUCAGCGCCUGCAAAAGAGAGAGGAGGGUGUCAGAUGGGGCGGGUUUGAGGCGGUGUGUGUCACCCCCAGCGUCUAAUUCACUUACCUGGCACAGAGGAUUAACAGGAAGAUGACGUGGAUUGUGGAACAAGACCGUACGUGGGCAGAAUGGGCUGCACUGCGCAUUUUACGUGUGGGACCUGUACCCAAUCACCUAGCAAUUAUAAUGGAUGGUAAUCGCAGAUUUGCCCGUAAAGAACACAAGGACGCGCUCGCUGGUCACACACGAGGAUUUCACAAAUUGACUGAGGUGUUGUGUUGGUGUCGGGAUUUAGGAAUCAAUGAGGUUACAGCAUAUGCCUUUAGUAUUGAAAACUUUAAACGAUCCAAGCAAGAGGUGGAUGGGUUGAUGGAUCUUGCUGCAGAAAAGUUUGCAAAAUUGUUAGAAGAAAAGGAAAAAUUAGAAAAGCAUGGAGUGUGCAUACGAGUGAUUGGUGAUCUCAAUCUUCUUCCUCAGCGCAUCAAGAAGCUUACAGGAGAGGCAAUAUUGGCUACUAGACAUAAUACUAAGUGUUUUCUAAACUUGGCUCUAGCGUAUACAUCGCGGGAUGAAAUAUGUUCUGCCAUGAAUGAGUUAUCACAAGGGGUAGCUGAAGGUCAACUGAUGACAAGUGACAUUUCUGAAGAGUUAUUAGAAAAAUGUCUGCAUACUCGAGGCUCGCGCGAUCCUGACCUCUUAGUGCGCACAUCUGGGGAGGUUCGCCUUUCUGACUUUUUGCUAUGGCAGAGUGGGUUUUCUUGCUUAUUCUUCACUAAAGUUCUAUGGCCAGAAUUCACAAUUUGGCAUCUCUUCGGUGCAGUAUUCUAUUACCAGAGGCAUUAUCAUACACUCACAGCAGCACGACAAGAAUGCCUGGCACUGAGGCAAUGUAUGGUGGAGGAAAGUGACAUAGAAUGUUGCCAUACUAAAUAUGGUGACAAGGUUUCACAGGAACAUAUUGGUGCCCAUGCAUCAGCCAGGAAGGAGAGAAUUGAGAACUUUCUUGCUAAAUUGCAUGAACAGAAACUUUAUUAUCUGCAACAGAUAAGUAAUACAAGUGAUUAAAAUCACAAUACUGUAUAUGUUAAGUUUAUGAUGCACCUGAGAUUCAUGUUUCAUAGUUUUUGAGUUACAUUCCUAUUAUUGUAUUUUAUGUAUUAUAGUUUAUUAAUGUUUAUUUUUGUAUAUUCCAAUGACUGUAAUUGCUGUUACUAUACCAAAACUGAUACUUUUUAAGACAAGACAGGUGGUGGUGUAUUUAUAAUUUGCAUAUCUUGGCAUGUUUAAAUUUCAUCACAUCUUAAAAUAUUACAAAAUAAUAUCAGUCAAGUACAAUUCAUAGUGUAGAGACUGGUGUUUACAAUAACUGUUUUGUUUACACACACUGUUAAGUUACAAGAUAUGAGUAAUACUGGAUUAUUAACAUUGUUUAUUUGUACAUAUGUUGGUGACUAAUAAUAAAUAUUUGUGACAUAUUUGUU